AUGGCCAUAUUCAAUGUCCUCGGGAAAUGCGCCAAUAUUAUGAUAAUCUACCUCAUCGCACUUCAAGGUAAGUGCUCUUUUUUAUUCCCGAUUUUGUUCGAAUUAUCACCAAUUGCUUAUUACUAUACGAUUCUCUUCGACUUAGUCAAUUAAGCUUCUGUUUUCAUUUUAUUUCACUUUACUCUCAAUUGGUUACAAUCUGGCGCGUCAAAAAGUUGAACAAACAUUUAAACAAGCGACUUCUUUCUAUUUACUUACUUUUACUUUUGUACUGGUUCAGUCACGUGUCAUUUGACACGGGUUUGAUCGGGUGAAAAAAGGGGAAUCAGAUUCUCACGGAGAGAUUUUGAGUUUGUCAAGAGCUUUUUUUACUGCUUUUUUUAGAUCUUGGAGUCUUGGUAUUUGAUGUAAAAUUCGUAGUUAAUGAGUUUCCGGGCACUUUUGUUGGCUUACAAGACCUUGUAUGUUUAAAAACAGAAUUUUUUCUGAUCGGAAAAUGCCAAAAAUUGAUGCUUUAGGGCUUUCCGGGAUGAAAAUUUUAUUUUUAAUUUUGCCAGUGAGAUUUGGACUAUCCUCUCAAAAAAAUUUCAAAAUUUUCGACACUGAAGCCGAGAAGUAAUGAGAGGACCCCGCCUUUCGUCUCGCCGACUCUCCUCAUUUUGCGUACUCUCUCAAAUAUCAGACCGCUGAAUACCUCGACAACAUGUAAAGAAAAUUCAGGCUCCUAUAAGAAGAAAUCUAAAUUUAUCGUGCGAAAUGAAUAUCUCUCUGUCGCUGAAAACAAAGCUGACGCUUUCAAGGACUGAUUUAUGUCUAAUUUUAAGUAAAACUCUAUGCAAAAUUUUAGGCAAAUCUGAAUCUGCAAAAAAUUUUUUUGUGCUUUUGCAGCAACUUUCAGCAUGAUAGGCAAAGGUUGUUUUAAAAAAUGGGCAAGAUGCUGCGCUCGAAUCUUAUUCAAAUCCUCUUUUAAAUUUUGUAAAGCACGAGCCAAGACUCCCACCUUCCUAGAACAUUGUAAAUAACAUCAUGGCGUCAUAACUGAUGCGAUGAUUCAUCAAAUUUCGAGCGUCGCACAUCGACAGUUUCCGUGUUACAAGACGGGAAAUUUCUUCUAUUUAUGUACAAUUUACCCAUUCCUCUAGAUUCAAAGAUUACACCUAUUAGACCAAUAAAAACUUUCCAAUUCCACAUCUACUGCAAAUUAAUUAAAGUCCCGUCUGCCAUCCAACCCAUAUCCUUAUCGUCCUGCUCGACAAUGAAAUAGUAAUUCCUCGCCCGCGUAUAUCAUUCUGCACAUACGAAAGAGGCCAUUAUGAAUAAUCAGUCAGUUUCGUUUCCUUUUCCCAUUCAUGUCUCAAGACUGGGUUUAUACAGCCAGUGAUUGGGACAUGUCGGGCCGACUCUUCUUGAGCAUUGGAAUCUCGAUCCUGGUGUUUUUCUGCUUCAUGAUGGUACUUCAGACUAUAGGUAAUCGGGGCCAUAAUAUUGUUGGAAGUAAGCAAAGAAAUCGAUAAUUUUUUUGGCAUUGCUGAAGUUGUCCACGUAUUAUAAUAAAAAGAUAGGCAAGGUGUCGUAAAAAUCGGGACUUCUCACUUUGCCGGUAUAUACCUGGUAUAUACCCCACUUAAAAAUAGUAUCAGUUUGUCGGGAAAAUAACGGCGGGAAUCGCUCAUCAUCGCUUUGCGACGGCAAGCCGCGGCUGGGGUUUUGCGACGAGGCGAGACAUUUUGCUGCUACCACCCGCCGUUAUUUUCCAGACAUAUUGAUAAUAGGGUGGUUGCUCUCAAAUCUCGGAGAGGUGCUACAAAUAAGCCACAAACUUCGCUUGCAAAAAAAUAUUUUUUUACAGAAAAAUGUACCAAAUUUUUGACCCGAAAAUAGAGACGUAAAUAAUGUUCUCCUACCACCCAGGAUAUAAAACAAUGAAAGUCCUUUGUGGACAAUUCAGAUCUGCUCAAAAUGUAGCGGCUUUGGGCAAGCCACAAAUCAAUCCAUCAGAGUUUUAGCUCUCAUAUUUCAGCGGCAGCCCAGAUUUUCGAACGGCUUCUUUUUAUUGAUUCACUAUCAGAGCACACGAAACGCGGAGAGUCGAUCAGACGAACGGCAAUUUUCGCCCAUAUACAGGGAUCCAGUGGCAAAGAACGUACCAUUUUGCAUCCAGGAAGUAUAAAAAAUGCGGCAAAAUACCUCCCCCUCCAAGUGAAAAAUACUCCGUUUUAGAGGUUCUAAAAACCCCCGUAAGAGCGAGCCGCUUUUGAAAUUGGAGAGGGAGGUAUUUUGCUACAUUUUUUAUACUUCCCGGAUCCAAAAUGGUACAUUUUUCGCCACUGGAUCAGGUCCGCCACUGUACCUUUCUCAUCCGCUAGAAAAAUUACAAUUUCAAUACGUUUUUGUCCUCCUAUUACUUUCACAAUUAUAAAAACCGAAAAAAGCGGACAUAAUUUCAAUUUAAAGUUUUUUCACAAUUUUAUUUAUUAUUUGGAAUUUGCACUUUGCUUACGAAUUAUUUUACACUGUUUUCCCGACAACUUUUUGAUCUUUGAUCCCUUCCAGACUCUUCCAAAACACGAAGAUUUAUUAAACCUUUUUGUAACUUGCUCCCUCCAACUCCAUUUCCUGAGCCUUGUAGUUCAAUUUCAUGGUUGUAUAAUUGCGCGCGCAUUAAAACGCAUCCGUUUUUUACUCCACGUCUGACCUCGCAGCGCACUUGAAAUUGAUCAGGAAAUUCUAUGUAAAGGAGUUCAAAUUCUCUAAAUUUUUGCGGGUCUUCAGACGAAAAAUAUUCAUAAAAUUACUUUUGCUUUUUUGCGCAAUACUUUCUACACAUAUGGGAAGAAAUGAUUAGUAUUCUGGUAUUUAUUUCCCUUUUACUCUCAACUCGUAAAUUGAGGGGUUUUGGGAAAGCCAAAAAAGGGCUGAAGCACAAAACAGAGGAGUUUUGCUCAUGUUUUUAGUUUGUCGAAAACGUCCUGUACAUCUGGGAUAUAAGAUAUUACUUUUUUCGUAAAUUUUGACAGUAAUUUUUUUACUAGACCUUAUAAGGGCAAUAUUGAAAAUGUGAUUUUUCUUUCUACAGUCAGUUUUUUUCAGUCAGUGUAUUUUUUAUUUUGGUAACAGUAUCUUUGAUAUCGUAUACGGGUAUUCGAGUGAUUGAUACAGUGGGGGACCUGAUCCAGCGGCAAAAAACGUACUAUUUUGCAUCCGGGAAGCAUCAAAAAUGUGGCAAAAUACUUCCCUCUCCAAAUGAAUAAACUUCGUUUUGAAGUGCGCGCCCUUUUCCUCAUAAAAAGAGCGGGCGUGUUUUUGAAAUCUAAGUUUCUUCACUUGGAGAUGGAGGCAUUUUGCCACAUUUUUUUUUGAUACUUCGUGGAUGCAAAAUGGUACGUUUUUUGCCACUGGAUCAGGUCCCUAGCUGUGAUUGUGAUCCUUUUUUGAGGGGGUACAUAAAAUUAAGAGGGUCAGCCAGACAAAAAAAACAGUUUUCCAUUACAGCGGAACUUCUGCACAACAAACUCCCGCACGACAAAACCCCGCUAUAACAAACAAUUUUGAGAGGCUCUAGGAGUGCAUUUUAGGCCAAAAUGAAACUCCGUAAAACAAAGCCCUUUUUUAACCCAUAAAUUUUUAGACCUCUGGCGAUUCGUUGUACGGAGGUUCGAGUAUGCAGUUAUGCCAAAAAUCAUAUAAAACAAAAAUUUUUAGUACUACAGGGUGUUUCAAGAAAUUUGGAACAAAUGAUUUGCUUAUAUCUUUGUGUUCUUUGCAGCUAUCAACGAAUUUCUUUUUGCUUCUAAAAAUUGACAGCGUGCGUUUUUAGAAUCUCUAAAAAAUUUUUUUUUCGUCGGCGGAGGGCCCAUUUCUCGGCGGAGAAAAUUAGGGCCUUUUUUAAAAAUCACAGCGUAUUACGUGGCGGAAACGCCGUUGCAACGGCUGAAAUCAAGCUUACGUUACACCUCCGUCGAUUUUACGGUAUGCAUUUUUUUGUUUUCGAUUUUACGCGCACCGCGAAGGCGCGGCGGAGACUUCAGAUUUCGGCGGACGUUGUUUUGGGCCUUCGGCUGUUGCAAUUCAUGUUGGAAAAGAGGUCGGGGUGAUUUUUUGUUGUCAUCCGAUGCACAGAUGGCAAAAAUUUCGUGCUUUUUUUCCCCGGCGGAGGAUUCGGCGGAGGCUUUAUCAAAGGGUCAAAGCAGUCUUACGAGUCCGGGAAAAAUCUCAGCUACAAGAAUCCAUCAGAGCAGCAUUGUCUUUCAAAGAUUUUUGAUUUUUUUGGUCCGGCGGACAAAUCGGCGGAGUUUUGUUUUUACCCUUUGAUAAAGCCUCCGCCGACUCCUCCGCCGGGGAUAAAAAGCACGAAAUUUUUACCAUCUGUGCAUCGGAUGACAACAAAAAAUCACCCCAACCUCUUUUCCAACAUGAAUUGCAAAAGCCAAAGGCCCAAAACAACGUCCACCGAAACCUGAGGUCUCCGCCGCGCAUCCGCGGAAGUGCGUAAAAUGGAAAACGCAAAAAAAGCAUACCGUAAAAUCGAUGGAGGUAUUACGUAAACUUGAUUUCAGCCGUUGCAACGGCGUUUCCGUCACGUAAUACGCUGUGAUUUUUAAAAAAGGCCCUAAUUUUCUCCGCCGAGAAAUGGGCCCUCCGCCGACGAAAAAAAAUUUUUGUUGAGAUUCUAAAAACGCACGCUGUCAAUUUUUAGAAGCAAAAAGAAAUUCGUUGAUAGCUGCAAAGAACACAAAGAUAUAAGCAAAUUAUUUGUUCCAAAUUUCUUGAAACACCCUGUAUUAUAUUUUUUAAAUCCCUGUGUCUGUAUCAAAAUGCUACCUACAAACCUCAAAUAAUAUACCCUACAAAAACCUAGUCCUAAUCCUCGCCAAAUUUGGCCCAAAUUCCAGCUUCAACUUUGGGACUCCUCUCCCAAUGAACUGGAUGGGAAAUAACCCUGCGUCUACGUGCACUCCCAUUUUCACAUGACGAUUUCGUGCGAUAACUUUACCUGUUUGGUCAUCGACUCGCUUUUCAAGAAUCUCUCCCAUUGUUUUUGCGACAAAUUUUUUGAGAAAGUCGGAAAUAAAAAUCAUCGUUCACUUAUGUCUUCUCUGCUCUGUGGUUUUUAAAGAUUGUGACGGAAAUGAUCUUUCACCGAGCAGCGCACAAAAAAGAUAUAGAAAUCUUUCGCCUCGGUGGUAAUUUUUUGAUACCUCAGUUGUAAUUGUAAGGCAUCAGCUAAAAAUUUCAGUUAUUGAAAAAAUUUACCCCAUACGGCGAUUUUGGAAAAAAAAAUUAUUCAAAUUGCAGAAAUAUGACCAAAAAAAGGGUUUUUCUCUAACCGCUCUCGGAAUUUCUGGUGCUCUCUCGUCAACAAACAUAGUCGAAUAACUCGGCGGGACAAAGCGCAAGCUAAAACUUUUAAGAUUUUUAUGCAGUCUAGGUCAACUUUUUUUUUCAAAUUUCAAGAAAAUCUGAGCUUUGCAACGAUGACAUUCAUUAGAGCACCCAUCAAAAAAACAGUCAAGCUUUUCAUUUCCCGACACUUUAAUUUUUUUGCAGCAAAUUCAACGGACUCGUAGCGCCCUCAACAACAGAAUUAGCGACCGUUCCUCGACCCAAAAACCGGGUUCCCUCUCUUCUUCUUGGGUAAUCGAAUAAACUCGAAUUAAAAGGCCCCUCUUCAGGAUGGCGGAAAAAAAGGUUAACCGGACGAUAUUACCCUCUCGAUUGUAAUGGUAGAACAACCGGUAUUCGGAAAAGGUCAAGAGCCCCAUUCUGUCUGUCUGCAACAGUUCUUCGAAAGUAAUUUGUAAAAGACUCUAGGAAAAAUGAAUUUUUAAUAGUCAAAGAUUCAUUUGUCAUCAAUUGCAGGUGAAUUCUAGAGAAUUGGAACUAAAAUGCAGAGCUCAGAUUUGCCUUAAAUUUGGCAAAACUGCUUUGCAUUAGACGUAAAUCAUUUUCCGAACAUUUUAGCUUGCGAUUUUUAGGCCGGUUAUACUGCCAGUGUUUUAAAAAUAGGGGCUAUGAAGCAGGCGUUGAAAACGACGAAGUAGGAAGGACAGAAAAAAUUGUUAUUCAUCCAUAACCUUGAAAAUUUAACUUGGAAGAACUAGGUUUACUCUGGUGAAAUGCGCAAGUAUAAAUAUUGCACAUCACACUUAUACAGUGACGGACCUGAUCCAGUGGCAAAAAACGUAUCAUUUUGCAUCCCGGAAGUAUCAAAAAAUGUGGCAAAAUACCUCCCUCUCCAAGUGAAAAAUUCCGAUUUCAAAAGAGCGUUUUGUGAGGGAAAGGUCGGGCUUUUCAAAACGGAGUUUUUUAGUUGGAGAUGGAGGCAUUUUGCCACAUUUUUUUACCUCCCGGAUGCAAUAUGAUACGUUCUUGCCACUGGAUCAGGUCCGUCACUGUAACAGAAAGCCGAUUUCACCCCUCAAGACCAAAUUUUUUGGUUUUUCAGCUUAAAAUCACGAUGACUUCGGCAAAAAACACGUAAAUAUCGCUGACACAGUCAAACUCUUCCCCUCUAUUUUUCUUUGAUUCUCUCUUCUCACUGUUAUAAAAGAAUCAAAUUCCCUCCGUUACUGUCUCCAUUGCGCAACAAUCAGAAUAAAAAACAGAAAGGGAAAAAUAAUAUUUUCGGUGACAAAAAAGCGGCAAAACCGGAUGAAAAUCGCAUAAAACGAUUAGAGGCGCUCCCCUCAACCUCAUUGUUGUUGCCUUUUCAGCAUCGACGUCGCUGCGUUUCCCGGCCGACACUGACGCCGACGACAAAUCCGAGGAGUCCAUGUGGCCAUAUCCGACCUACAAGCCGAUCAGCUGGGACAAGUAUUACGCUCAUGACAUCCAUGACAGUAAGUCGGUGGCCAUUUUAUGGGGGAAAUUUGGGGCCUCAUUUGCCUCAAAUUUUCUCCAAGUCAUGUGAAUUUAUUGCUUUCUAAACCGUCAGCGAUUUUAUGGUGUGAUUUGUAAGCAAACCCGAGAUAUUUAGCCAUCUCUUUUCGAGAGAUUAUGCAAAAUCAGGAGGACGGUCAGAGAGGAAAACGCUUCUUGGCCGUAUCUCUGCCAAUUUCGCGGGGAAAAAAUUCAUUUUUUAUAAAAGUGUUGACCUCUCCUGUGUAAAUAGCCUGAAUUGAUAAGCUAUCACAAAGUUUUACAUUUUGGCCAACGUUCGCACAAAAAAAAUCGGUGCGGACCGCGACAAACGUCCAGGCACUUUAUGGAAAUACUAAUAGUGAAAGUGCUCAAAGCAUGAUCAGAGUUUGAUGAAAUUUGGCAAAAUUUAGAUUUAUUUUUUCUAUGAUUAUGCAAGAUUCCAAGCUCAUGGUUUGCAGAAACAAUUGAGAUUUUUUUGUGCGAACGUUGGCCAAAAUGUGAAACUUUGUGAUAGCUUAUCAAUUCAGGCUUAUUUCUACCGUGGAGGUCAAUAUUUUUAUAAAAAAUGAAUUAUUUCCCCGCGAAAUUGGCAGAAAUACGGUCAAAAAGCGUUUUCCUCUCUGGCCGUUCUCCUGAUUUCGCAUACUCUCUCGAAAAAAGAUGGCUAAAUAUCGCAGUUUUGCUUACAAACCGUACCAUAAAAUCGCUGACGAUUUAGAAAGCAAUGAAUUCACAUGACCUGGAGAAAAUUUGAGGCAGAUGGAAACAAUUGAGAUUUUUUUGCUGGCCAAAAUGUGAAACUUUUUGAUAGCUUAUAAAUUAAGUCUAUUUCGAGCACUUCCCUUUUUAUCACACGAAUAUAUUGCUCAUUUCAGAGCACCUCUCACUGACCAGCGGACUGGCGGCUGGCAUUACCAUCGGCGUUUUCUUCGCCGUCUUUCUGCUAACUUUUGGCUGUCGUUUGUACAGUCAACGACAUGAGUCCAGAGCAUGCUCACCAGCAUCAGCUCCAGGUAUUUUGACAUCAAAAUACAUAUGAAUUUAACGAUAUAUUCCAGAUCCCUACCCUGGCCGGCGUUUAUCAGUUUCCGAUUUAAUGCAAUGUGCGCCGGAUCCGCCGCCUCCGUACGAGGUGGCGAUUCGUAUGCCGCAUCAAGGCCGUCCUCCGCCCUUCACAGAGCAGCCGAUUCAGCAUACGGCAGCGUCCGGAACGAUGACGUCACCGCCAGUUUCUAGUCAAGAAACGCAAUAA